UCAGUUUUCUGGGGCCCAUGGUUUUAUUAUACAUUCACAGACUAAACAUAGGUUAUUAACUUGACACAGAAACAUAGUCAGGAAUGUCCAUAUAUUGUUUACGUUGCCAACGGAAGUAUUUAAAAAAUAUUUCAUUAAUCGAGAAUUUAAUCGAGUUGGGAAACGAGUGAUCGAUUCAAAUCGAUUUUAAAUUAAAUAAAUAAUAUUUUUAGUUGAGUGUGUUCAAAAAAUUUUGAUGGAUUGUUUUAGAAAAGUGUUUAUAUUGUUAAGUGAUUUUCAGUGAUUUGUGUCGAGUUUUAUAACGAAAAAUAAUUUCAAUUAAUAUUUAAGUGAGCUUGCAGAAAAAAUCUUUCGUAAUUCGGUGAAAAAAUAGUUUACUGUAAAAGAGAUUUUUAAUAGCUAAACGCUGAGUGUAACACUUCUAAGAAAAUAAAAAGUGUUUGUGAAAAACUAAAUAACAAAACAUUGAAAAUAUUUUUCGUGAAAAAUAAGCGUUCUCGUGAAAACUGUUUUGAUGUAAUUUACUGAAAUUACUUUGCAAGUUUGUUUAUUUUGUAACUGAAAAUUAAAAGUGUGAUGGUGAAGAAAAACUGAAAAGUCCUAUAACGUAAUAGGUAUAUUUUUUCAUAGUGGGACUACUUUAGAUUUAAAAAAAAUUGUGUUAUAAUGUCGUUUAGUUAAGAAAUUGUUAUGACAAGUUAAGCAGUCUUACAAAUAAUGUCUGUACCCUGAAUCUACAAUCAACAAAAUGUUUUUCAAGGUGUUCUCUCUUCUCCUGGUGGUCACAUUGAAGAGAGCACGAUGUUCGCUGGUCAUCGACAGCACGUCGCAGAGAGGUAUCUACGUGUCGGACUACUGCCCCUCAUCGCCGCACUGCAGAGAGGGGACCCAUGUUAUGUGCAUGUAUUAUGACCCUAAUCGUUUAAUGGGACCGCUUUGCGAAAAUGCAGUGAAUAUCACGAUGACGGCUUACUAUGCAAAUCAGCUGCUUGAAGUUAUGAAUGCAAUUAGAAGCAAAGUAGCCAACGGCAAAGAAACGGGGAAGGAUGACAAGUUGCUACCCAGAGGCUACGGGAUAUACCGACUGAGAUGGGACAGCGAAUUGGCAACGUUUGCGCAAGUUUUUGCAAAUAAUUGUGUAUUGAAACAUGACCUGUGCAGAGCUACAAGAAGAUUCCCGAGCCCCGCUCAGACUCUAGGUGUCAGAUUCUUCAAAUUCCCGGAGUGGUACAUGCUACCUCCUCCCAAGAAUAAAAAGGGUGCUGCUGGGUUGACGGACGCAAAGAUAAUGGAUGCAAUGAAUCAAGCUGUGAAGGCCUGGUAUAUGGAGAAGUCCAGGCUAACAGCAGACAUGGUGAAGGCGGCUCCUGAAAUUCAUAUGCCUACAUCGAAUCCAUCAUCGAUCCAGCUGUACUCGACCUUAGUAUUUGGAGCAACCACGCAUAUAGGCUGUGGUCUGUCAGCUUUCUCCAACUACUUCGCAGAUACUAGAAAUACGUAUAAUCAAGUAGAAUUAGUAUGCAACUACUCGUCCGCCCCCAAAAAGGGGGCUAGUAUCUACAACACGGAGCCACCAGUAGCCGGGACUGGGCACAGCCCCUGCGGUUGUCCCCCGGGAACUUAUGAAGAUGCCGACUGUUUGUGUAACGAACACAUCGAGCCUAGUCCUCAACGUGCUCGUGAGCCAACUUGCCAAGAUGGGGAGUCGAAAACUAAUUGUGAACCAACGCUAGUACUCCUGCCUAUAUUCACCAUGGAAGACGCUCCUCCAGAGAAACUGAUUGAACAAGCUGAGUCCAUUAAAGAACCUUUGAAAAACUACAUUUUGCAAAGAAUUGAUAGCUCGACUAGCUACCCAAGAUCGAGAGCGUUAGAACUUACCGACCUGAUUAAUGACUUUGAUGGAAUGAACGCAGCUCAUCAUUCUCCGAUGUUACCUUCACAACCGAAAUCCGUGAUGAUGCCCCAAUCAUCUCGUUCUCAUAAUGUCAUUUACAGAGCACCGAUACCAGCGCCUAUUUUUCCGAAGAGUAUAGCUGAUGAACUGCCUUUACCGCCGCCCCGGAUCCCACCUCGUCCGCGGCACUCCCCUCAAAUGGCCAGGUCUCCAUUAGUACCCACACGGCCAGCACCCCCACCCCCACCACCUCUUCGGUCACCACCAGACCCCCCAAUCCCACCGCCACCGCCACCCAGAAUGCCGCCCCCUCCAGCACCCGUGGUACCAACACUAGAAGAACAGAUCGAUGAGAUAGUUAAUAACCAUAAUCAGCAAGAAGUACUACAGUCAGUAAAAAGACGACCUGCGCCAAGGCCACCACCAAAACGCCCUUCGCCUAAGAAAGCAAGCAUAUUUACAAGAGUAGCCCAAUUCAAACUACCUGGAAGAAAAAGUAUGACAUCGCCUUUUGAACCAGUUAAAAAAGACGUACCACCACGAAAAGAUUUCUCUAACCUGCAAAAAGUGGUCAAUGACUACUUAAACCGCAGAUCAGGUCAAAGAAGAACAAGCGCUGAAGAAAACCAUGAUGUUGAAGCCAAAAAACCGCCACAUUCAAACAAUAAGCUUGACGAAUUCAAACAACGUGACAAAUCUACACACCGUGAUGAAAGCAAACAAAAAGUUAUGUUCAAAAAGCAUUAUGGAGACAAACAUCAGGAUGAUAUAAAUGAACCGUAUGAAGAAAUACAACAGCCUGAGUUUAAACAACAGUUAGAAGACAAGAAAGCAAAACAAAAUGACGAAAUCAAACAACGUGAUGAACCCAAGCAAGAUGAAGAAAUCAAACAACAACAACAACAGAAUAAACCAGUUCAAGACGAAAAACCUAAAGAAGUAGAAAAGCCACACACAGACGAACCAGUAACAGAGACUCGUUUAAAAAAAGCAGAAGAAAAGGUCAUAAAUUUCAAUCAGUAUUUGAAAGAAAAAGAUAAUAAUACCAAAAUUAGUAAUAACAAAGAUAUUGAUGUCAAAGAUGAUAUCGAUAACAAACUAAUGUCUCUUCUCGAUACAUUGGAAAAAGAAGUAAAGCACGUUGCCCUUGCUGGUAGUGAAAAAGAAAUAUUUGAUGCCAAAAUUAGAAAAAUCUAUGGAACAGUCGUAGGUGAUGCUGUAGACUUGACAACUCCCAAACCAAUCAUUGCUAAUAAGGUGGAAACUGAAACUAAUGUUGGUGAAUUAAAGAAAGCUAACUACGAACCCAACAUAAUGAAUGAUAUAAAAAUCCCGGAAGACAACUCACGAGCACAAAUAAGGCAAAUUAGACAUCAAGAAGCAGAAACGAAAAACGACCAAAUGAAGAAUUAUGAAUAUUUGGUUCAAAGGAAGGAUAAAUUAACUGACAAUUACAACCAGAACAAAUAUAUCGGGAAUACAGACGUCAAUGUUUUUAGUGAUGUUGAUAAAAAACGUGUUGAAUUAUAUGAUCGGAAAUAUAAUGAACGUUAUGAACAAAGGUACAGAGAUAUUGAUCACAAAUACAUGGAUGAUAUCGAUCGCAAGUACAGCGAAAACUUAGACCGAAAAUACAGUGAAAGCAAUUUAGAUCAUGGCAAAUACGAUAUUCAACGCAAAUACGUCGAUAAUUUCAAUCAGAAAUAUCAUUAUAACGUCGAUCCAAAAUAUGAUGAGAAUGCACCCGGUGUAAGAAAACAAAUAAAGUAUGACACGAAAGAUGUUGUGGAGUUCAGAGAGUUCAAACAUAACGCGUUAAACUCAGCUGAGGAGAACAACAUAAAAUAUAGGAAUUUUGAUAAAUUUAAUGAGAAGGAUAUAAAACCCCAUGGUAUUAUUGAUAGGAACUUAUACAGAAACAAAGAUGAGAGGAAAUACAGGGUUAUCGGUGAUGAGAAGAGAGGUAAAAGUGUUCACACACACAUGGAUCUAGAAGACCCACUUAGUUUUGAAAGGAGAAAGUAUUAUCAAGAAAAACUUGAUAAUAUAGAAAGAAAGCUGCGAGGAACCCGGAAUAAUAGACAAAGGAAUGAUCAACUAAGGAGCGACCGACCAAUGAGACGAAUGCGACCGAGCCGCGAUGGUAUACAACGAACAAGAUCGAAAUCGCAAGCUGACAAUUUCUACAUGCCUGAAAGAGCUAGAUUCUUACACGGAUUCUAAUUAAGCCUGACUUUACAAACGUUUAUCUUAAGAGGCUGACAACAGCCAAAAGGGGUUUCUCAAUUUUUUUUCGAAUCUAUACAGUUUUUAAUAGCGAAAACAAAAUAUAUUAAUCUUGAACAUAUUUCUGAAAACCCGGUAAAUUUCAAAACAUGUUCUUGAAAAGUUUUCUAGAUACAAAAAUGAGAAUAAACUAACCUCUUGAAAUGAUCUUGAAAACAAAAAUAUCUGUAUAACUUAUCAAGAUUCGGUGAUAAAAUGUAUAACAAUAACGUAUCCAUCUUACCUAUUUUGUUUUGGCUGUUCUUCUUCCUCCUGCCUUGUUCCCAAUUUUAUUUAGGGUCGGCGCAAUAUGUCAUCCUCUUCCAUUUUUCCCUGUUACUCGUCAUACUGACACUCACUCCCUUCCUAUUCAUGUUAUCUUUCAGGCUAUUGUCAGCUUUUUAAAGAGGUUGAGCUACACUUCUGUAUAAUAAAUGUAUAAGCACAUUGUUUUUAUAAAACUGGCAAUUCGGCCACUACUGAGCACUGCCGUGGUUACCUACUCA